GGAAUCAUGUGGCAAAUGGCUGCUAAGGUGAGAGGUGUUCCUUUCCCAAGGAACUUUCUUCAGAUCUGCAAGAAGAUUCUGUGUCGUCUUUUCCGGGUAUUUGUGCAUGUCUACAUCCAUCACUUUGAUCGUGUGAUCGUAAUGGGUGCAGAAGCCCACGUCAACACCUGCUACAAACACUUCUAUUACUUUGUCACAGAGAUGAACCUCAUAGACCGCAAGGAACUAGAGCCCUUGAAAGAGAUGACCAGCAGGAUGUGUCACUAAAGAGCCAUCCAUCAGAAGAAAGAGGAAUGCAGUUUCCUCAGGGGAUUGAACAGGAGCAUGAAGGAGACCUUUCAGAAACUAAAAAAGCUUGUUGAUUCCCAGGAGGUUGGGGACAGACAGUGAUUUUUCUCUGCCAUGCUUCCCAUCCACUGUGUAUGCUCUUAACUCUUGGAGUGCUGCUAGCAAUAUUCUAUUGACCAGGUGUAUUAUAAAGCAAAGCAAAGAAAGAGAAAACUACCAUUUAUUUUUCUGGUUCAAGAACUCUCCAGAAUGAAGCCUCUGCAGUUACAGACUCCUAACAGUUCAAUACAUGUUCCAGUUGUCUCAGCUUUACUGGAAUUCAGGUCUUGAGACUGAGAUACAUAUUUGUACUUUCCCCCCCACUGACUAGACCAGUUGUCAACUGGUCUAUUUUUCCUGUGUUUUAUUUUCUAAGUACAGUGUGAAUUUGAGAACUCUGGAUCCUCAACAGAUUUUUUUUUCUAUUAACAAGUUUUCCAUCCUAUAAAGUCCUAUCCUGAUCCUGUAUAAUAUUUUGAAAUUCCAUACAAUAAACUCUUGAUAAAUCUAUCAGAGAGCAAAAGCAUAACUUUCUCUUAUGGGUCUGCUGCUUAUGAGGUCCUACUCCAUUUUCAAAUAGUGUCUUUGUAUUAUAACUAGAGGAAGUUCAAACACCACCUUCUGCAAGGGACCUUUGCUGAUGCCUCCCAGCUACUAGUGCCUUCUCCCUUUUUUACCCCAUCCACACCCCUACACAGAAGGUUACCCUUUAUCUGUUUUGUAUAUACUUCUAUAUGUCUGUAUUGUCUUUCCUGUUAGAAUGUAAACUCCUUGAGGGCAGGGACUCUUUUUUUUUUUUUGUAUUUGUGUCCCCAGACCUUUACACAGUACCUGGAACAUAGUUGGUGCUUAAUAAAUGCUUAUGGGUCGAUUGAUUAAGUCAUAAUUUCCCAGAGUAAGGUUUGCCAAAGCAUUGGCCAAGUUCCUGAGUGACUUUGGUUAUAGUAUGCAUUCAAGACCACUGUACUAGGCCUUGGGGAUACAACAACAGGAAAUUAAAAGAGCACCUGCCCUCGAGGAAUUUCUUUCUAUUGGAGGAUAUACCACGGACACAAAUAAGGAAAUUCAAAGUAUAUACAAAGUAAUUUGCAAGAAGUAGAGUGUGCUAAUUAAUUGUUGGGGGCAAGGGGUAGAGAGGUGUCAGGAAAACUCAUGUAUUUUGUACUCUCCUUUACUCCCUUACUCUUUAUCUCUUCCAUUCAGAAAAUUCUUCCUUUUGUUAGAAGGGACACAAAUGGAAACUAGAAAUUACAACUCGGCAAUUCAGUGGUGAGAGAAAGCAGUCACCCACCUUUUAUAUGGGAUUACGUGAACAAAACAUUCGGUUGAAUGCUUCAGCCUGUGCUACAUCACACAAGUCUAUGUCUUCUUUCUCCUUCUUAUUGUGCCUGCAACAACACUGUAUUACAAAAUAUUGUGGGCUACAAGGUACGUAGUAUUUCAGCCUGUUACUGUGCCAUGUUAUCCAAAGACACAGUAUAGCUCUUAUUUCUGCCUCUAGUCUCUUCCCACUUUUCUUUUCAUUUGACAGUCCCGAUGAUAAAUUCUGUGCUGGUUUAUACAAUCACAGAAUUUCGGAGCUGGAAGAGACCUCAAUGACCAUCUUGUCCAACUCAUCCCUGAAAAAUAAUGCCCACCGUAAGAGAGUAGAGUUAUCUUUUUAAAAAAUUAUACAGGAUUUUGGUAGAUGAAGUGUUCAUUUUGUCUUUUUACCCAUGGUCCUGACAGUUUGUAGUUUGUGACAUUCAUUUACUUCAUGUUGAUUUGAAUUUCACAAAAUAUCAGUUUGUGGAAAAUAACCAAAAGAAUAAGAUUACAAAAAUAGAUAUUUUAAUGCAGUUUUUGUUAAAGUAUAAAUACAAAUAGAUCAGAAGAAAUAAAAUUAUGCAUCCACACAGACUAAGGGCUAGACUUCUGAACCCCAUAGCAUUCAGUGUUGGGUCAACCAAGAAGACCUGCCUUUGGUUUGGAAGAGGAUGUAAUUUGAUUUUUUUAAAGGCCCAAAUGCUGCUACCUCUCUCUAUGCUCUUGGCAUUCAGUUUUCUUAGAUCACUGACAAACAUGCCUCUCCACUGUGUGUCUAUGUCCCUAUAUGAAUAGAAAAACAAAGAUCAACACAUUGAUCUAUCUUAAGCGUCAUUUUUGGUCAGGAAUCCACAGAGAAAACAUCCCAAAGAUUCAAAGAAAAAAAAAUAAGUAGAACCAUCUUCAGACCUAUGCAAUAUAACAAAACCUUUAUGAAACAAAAAUAAAAUAUAAAUCUUGGUGAGUCUUCUUAAAACCUUGUCGUAUCUUUGAAAAACUUAAAAAUAUUGGUGUUUUGAAGUCAAAAUCAUGAGUUUUCCUAUGUUUCAUUGAUGCCACUUAGGAUGCUAUUUGUGCCUAAUUUUGUAGAAGUUAGAAAUCUGAAUUUGCUAACAAAUAUUUUUAAAUACUGUUUUUAACUAUUUCUGCAUAUGAAAUUUUUGCUCAACUUUUUUUUUAAGUGGCUUUGUGAGUCUUUUUCCUCUUGGUACAGUUUUCCUCUGGCUGCACACCCUCCUAAUUGCACUAAUGAACUAUUCUAGGGUGUGUGUGUUUUGUUUCGUUUUGUUUUUUUACAAAUUAUUGUGGGUUUGUGUUGGUGUUUUGUUUUGAUUUUUGUUGUCUUAGCUGUAAGCUGGAUCUGUAAGAUUUUGUUUAGCAAAUUCCAGAAAGAAACCAUUAGGUAAUUUUGACCACUUUUUGUUGGCUUGACUGCAUAAUGUACAUGUAUGUCUUAUGUGAAAGGAAAUAAAGUGGAUGAAAACCCUAAA